GGCAGGGCAGGUCGUGGCAGGGCAGGACGGGUGUGUAGGAGUAUGUGGGGAUGUGGCAAAACCUACACCAACAGCGGCGGCAUCAUCAGGCAUUAUCAAUGCGAGCGCAGAGCUCCAAGCAGAAGCAAACGGGAAUGAAUUGGAGAAUAUUACGUGAAGGUGGAAUAAUGAGCUGCCUGUAGACGGCGUGAGCGGACCCGGGCCACUGCUGCGAAAAAGGAAUGGCCGAUAGUUGAGCGAACGAGACAAACGUCACCGUCAAGAAUCCGUGUGUUUAACGGAAAACGGAAAGAAUUCGUACGGCAGUAGCACCAGUAGGCGGCUCACCGUAUGCGUGCGUGCCAGGUUGUGCGUGUAGGAACGGUCCGUUUGCAAGUGUGUGUGCUCGCUGAGAUAUGUGCGGUGGAUAUAAAAUCGUGUGUUUUUACUUUUGCUUUUCCAUGCCAUCCUGGGUACCUGCAUGUAUGUGGCUCUGUGUAUGGGUGUGUAAUAGUUUUUAUUUGUGCAAACAGGUAGUGUAACGUCGUGAUAAUUACAAUGUGAAUGCUUGCUGCUGUGCCACUUAUCGCCAAGAAAUAGUGCCACACAUUCAUCCGAUAAAGUUCAGUGUACAAAAUCGCACUCAUAGUUCUCUGUGCCUACGCGUGUUGUGUUGAUGUGGCGAGCAAACCGCUUUUCUUAUUGUUCAAUUUCGUGCGUCCCGAGUGUUGAUGUACAUUGCUGGUGGAAACGUUAUACAAAAGUGCCCUGCUUAAAGUGGCACAUCUAGGAAAAGAGAAGCACUCAUUCACCAGUGAACAGCAGGAAUAAUUUAUAGUGACCGCAGUAAGCCCAAUGACAAACGCGUUUGUAAAGCUUAACCACACUUCCGGCUAAUAGUCAUCUAAGUGUACGGAUGGUGAAGUAACUAGUGGUAGCAACGAAAGUUACUAAAGAUCAAGCUCAGAGAGGACUCUUCACGAUGGGGACCAUAUUUCUGUAAAAAACGAAAUGAAUCGAAUUUGAUCUCCACCAUCAACAACGAUGUGCUUUGGUUUUGAAAUCGGCACUCGACGUGUGGAAAUCGUUCUACUGCAUUGGUGUGUCGUGUAGACCGGCAGCAGCAGCAUCCGUUGCACUGCAGUUGUACGACCUGGGGGCGAAUGUUCAUCUUGAGGUUGGAACUACAUCCUGCCACACGCCAGACUGCAUCCUCCCCACUCUUCCUCGCUGCCGGUUUACAGAGGGUGCUUAUUAAUUGCAAUCGUUUCGGAAUGUUCAUGUCCACGGCUUUAACGUCACACGCAAAAGACACUAGCAUAAGGUGUUUCGUUUCGGGUUUGAAUGAGUAGCAGCAGCAACAUUAAGAAGCACCCAGCAAAAGAAGCACCAUUAAGCAGCAGCAACGCAUACACAUACACAUUCCAGCGUUUCCUGGGGCAACGGCGAGUGUACAAUCGAAAACGGCGACAAGCUUUGCGCUAAAGCAAAGGCAAAUGACGGCAAGGCAUAUCAGUGUGUGAAUGAUCCUAUGGCGAGGAGGAUGGAUUUCGUCCUGACAUGUGAGAAAGUGUGCCGCUACACAGCUUGUAUGUGUAAAUGGCCAGGACAGGAGUAAUCUAUUCGAACGAGUACGUAGCCAACGAUUCGUACAAUACACAGACGGCCAUUUAUUUACCUUUUCAAGCGAUUCCACCCGAGUGCCUGAAAACUGAUGCGAAUUAUGGCCUAAUGAAGAAGAGCGAAGGAAAUGCAGAGGACAAAAAAUUGAACUUGCACACCAACAUAUAAGCGCCAUUAAAUUUGACGUCCUGCUUCCCAAACAAAAAGAAAAAGAUUCGCUCAUUUUUAUAAAACUAGACCUGUAGCUACUACUCGUGUGUGUGGGAAAGACCACAACAACACCAACAAAGGGAGAUAGAGAGAGAAAUCCAAGACUACAUGACACUAUCAAGGGCUGGCUAACGUUAUUACGAUCUCGAUUGUUACUACUAGCUAUCGAAAAAGGUUGCAGACCACACUGGCCAUCGGUCAGGUUGGUAAUAAAAGCUGAGUAGAAAUGAAGACGAAAUACAACGACAGCAGCGUAUUGCUUUGCCUGUCCACCUUUAUCCGUGCUCAGCGAUUGGAAUCUGGCAUUCAGUGCAUCCGGUGCAUGUGCAAUCAACCACCACGUACGGGUUCGGUGCUCUAGAAGAGACCAGUCAGUCGUGUGUCCUUCCGGUGUCCGCCGCCGUGCGCGAUUGUUGUGUGCCGUCAGUAACGCCAUGUACGUUAUCAACCCCCCGCCGGCAUCGCAAGAUCUACAACCGACCGCCAGCAGUUACGUUGCCGCGCGCCAUUCCGAAUCGAUUGAACUCGAGCAGCAGCAGCAGCAGCAACAGCACAAAGAAAUACUCAGCCAAAUAUUGACAAAAUGCAACGCCGACAUGUCGGACCAGGUGGCCAAUUUUAGCUGCCCCGAUGAGAAGACUCCCCCGCGAUCUGCUGCAGUACCGGUCAAGGAAGAGGCAAAAUCUCCCGCUUCGUCGUCACCUGCAGCCACUCCGGCACCAUCGUCAUCACCGUGCUCCGAGGUCGGGAGCGGACACGGUGCAAAACCAACUCCGGCAGUGGCUGGAUCGUCACCGAAGGAAGCAACCAGCGCACCUGCUGGCGAAUGCAAAACGGGGCGACGGACAGAUGGCGAAAUCCGGUCGCCACUUCCCACACUUAAGCGGAGCCCCUCGCUGGACGGAUCACCCCUCUCAAGUGCAAGCUCUUCCAAUGCAGCUUCCCUGUCGCCGUCGUCCUUGGACGGGCCAGCCAAAUCCACUCCACCGAAGUCCGAGCCGAUGGCCGAGCCGGUUCAAUCGCUUGCAGUGGCAUCGCCCGUCUCGUCCAACUUUUCCAGCGUGGUGCAUCCGAAAGAGCGAGCACUUAAGUCGAUCGCGGCAGCGGCCGCAUCCAAUGAACGGAAUAAUGCCACCAAUGGCGGCAGCAGCAGCAGUAGCAGCACUCCAGCAAAACCAGCCAGUAAAGCCGGAGCGGUCAAUGCUGGCGGAAGAGCCGUGCUGAAUGGAACCGGACCCUCCGCUACUGGGACGGGCACGACGGCGCACGGUGGCAGGCUGCAGUUUUUCAAAGAUGGAAAAUUCAUCCUGGAACUUGCCCGUGCACGAGAGGGUGAAAAAACCAGCUGGAUUUCGGUUCCGCGUAAAACUUAUUGGCCACCGACCGUUUCCUCUACCAGUGCCAACUUUCAUAAGCAUGAAAGUUCUACUUCACUCAGCUUUUCAGAUGACAACAGCUCCAUCCAGUCUUCGCCCUGGCAGCGGGAUCAUUGCUGGAAGCAGGCGAAUCCUCGUCCGAACAUUUCGAAGGAGCUUUCGCUUUACUACUUUCGCCCGCUAAAAGCACGUGGUCAUCUAACGCACGAUACCCGGUCGUGGUGUCGGCGCAAACGACGCCGUCCUUACGACUCCCAUCUUCCACUGGAAAUUAAAUCAAAGCCUCAAGCGCAAAAAACAACAACAGUGGAAAAUGGAAAUGCCAAGAAGGAUGAUUCCGAACACAAGGAGGCGCAAUCGGCAACUGGGCAAGAUGGUGAAACCACCGAGAAUCUACGGGAUAAGUGCAAUGGCACUACACUGAUGGACACAUCUGAGGGGACAACUGCAGCGGGUGAAAACAAUGCAAAGAAGCGGAAAGGCACAAAGCAGGAUGAGCCCAUGGUGGGGGAUGAUGAUCACAAGCAAAGCAAUGGUCAUCAUCCGCCAGCAAACGGCGGCACACAUUGUAGACCUCCCCGUUGUAAGCGUCCCGAGGGAAAGGAUCUAGCUUCAAUCAUUAAAACACUGGUCGAGCACCAGCAAACAAAGUCCAUCAACGCCCCGGGAGCUUCUGCUGGAGCAGGUACCGCAAUUGGCCCGUUUCGUCUCGGAACAAUACCAGAACGGGGGAACAGUACUAGCUCGACAAGUUUUCGCAGCUCUGUGUUUGCCAGUUCGGCCGCUUCGCAGCAUGUUUCUCCACGCAAAAGAAUCUUGCGGGAGAUGGAGAAGGUUUCACUGGACGAUGCUGGUAGCUGUGGCACGAGCAGCACCAAAAGAUCUCGUCCGAAGGCAGGGUCCGCUGCAGGUACGCCUGUCAUUGUGACGGCAACAACUGCAACGCCCCUGUCGACACUGACCACGAAUGGUACGGGAAGUCCGCUGAAUGGUGGCCCCAGCAGUGGCAGUAAUAGCAGCAGCAGCAGCAGCAACAGUAACAGCAAAACAAACGGACACCUUAACGGUUCUGGAUCUAUUGCUAACGGUACAACCGGGGCCGGUGGAAAACAGCCAAUUAAUGGUGCUGGAAGUGGCAUAUCUCCUGUUACGAAUGCUGCUCCUCCAGUUCCGGCUCCUGUAUCAAGACCAUUUAGCAGUUAUAGUAUAACGUCACUGCUGGGGCACAACACAAGCAGUAGCGGUGAAACAUCGUCCUCUGCGAACUUCUCCCCUGCUGAUGCGAUGCAACGCAAAACGGACGUAUCGGUGGCAUCGGUCACAUCAACAGCUAGUCAUAAUCUCUAUCAUCAUCCGCAGCAUCCACUGUCACCACACCACCAGUAUCAGGGAUCACUGUACUUGGGGAAGGAACCGUUAGCCGUUGGCUCCAAAUCACCUGUAAUGGCGGAAUCCCUCAAUCACGCACAUUAUCAGGGCCAGCUUGGAUCUACUCGGUACGGAUAUGGCGUCAAGAAACGGUCCCCUAGUUACGGUGGAGGGGGUGGCACUGCAGCAUCUCCUGGGGCUAACUCCGGAGGGAGCAGCGUAGAUCCGUGUGGUAAUACGAUCCGUUCCCCAGACCUAAGUCCUAGUCCUGAGCAUCAUCAUCAGCAGCAGCCGCAGCAUCAGCAUCAGCACCAACAGCAACACCAGCAACAGCAGUCGCAUACAUCUGCGCAACAUUCACAUCAUGGGCUGCAUCAUACGUCGGGUUCUGCUUCAUCAGGCGGAUUUUCACGCUACCGACAGCACCCGUACGGUGGCAGCCCAAGUAGCUACUCGUCUGCACCCUCGUCUUCCCGUUUUUCCCCUUCACCGAGUACGAACGAUUCAGCGACUACACCACCAUAUUCUGGAUCAGUUGCUGGUGCAGCAACGGGAGGUGCACGAUCGGCAAUUUCCUACCGGCCUGGUUACCAGCUUGGUGGAAGCAGCAGUCAAGGACAUUCCCCUCCUACCAGCAAUGGGUCACCGCAGCAUUAUUCUCGCGCGUCACCAUUAAACUUUGGCCGUGGAACUCAACAGUCACCUCCACCACCAUUGGGAUCGCAGCAUCAUAAUCGUACUGCCGGUACGUCCUCAUCGCCCCGUGCAUCUCCAAGUAGUGGUGGCGGUGGCGUAACAACGAGCCACGCUUCCACACCAACGUCUGCUAUGGCCUCGCUUACGACUGGCGCGUCACUAGGUACUACCAUACGAACGGUUCCGAAAAAGACGGCCGCUUUGCGGCAGCCAUUUUCCGGUGGACAUUCACCUUCCUCCUCCUCACCAUCGCGCGAGCGUUCCAACUCGAACGCUUCCAGCUCUUCACACAAAAAAGAUCUCCACCCAGAAGGGUCGGACUCGGUUGAUGGGGCUUCUUUAAACCACUACGGCACAACGCCCUCCUCGCCCGCCGGAGUAAUAAGACCGAAUACGGUAAUCGCAUCGCCAACAGCGCACCAUCCUGUGCCGAAUGCUUUCUAUCCCCUGUAUCAAGCCACUCAGUUGGGCGCGCCCUCCUCAUCUUCUUUGAUGAAUGCCGCAGCCGUGGCAGCUGCUACCUCUUCCGUUCCAUUCCAUCCCGCGACACUUACGUACUACCAGCAAAUGUACACUGCGGCCACAAUGGCUGCAUAUCGCACGCCGCUUUGGAUGCACUACCCGGGGCUACCGGGGGUGGCACCGCACGGUCCACCGCACGGUCCACCGCACAUGAUACAACCGCAUCAUCAAGCCCCGCCACCUUCAUCCGUCGCGCCAAACAUCUCCUCAGCUGAUCGACGUCUUAUUGAUCGGAGUCCACCUACUCCACCACCACCGCCACCACAGCCCGCAUCUGGAUCGUCAAUCACGGAUCCUGCAGAAUCGCAACGACUACAACAUUCCAUCCUAGCCACACCUAGCUCAACAGCAGCCCUCAACUAUAGCGUCACGGCACUUUCCUCAUCCUCGCGCGAUAUCAUCAACGGUGGUAGUGCGUUUACGUCACCGAGUGGAUCGAGUUGGCCUACAGAUGCUGUCGGAUAUCAACAUCAUCCCGAUCAUUCCGCUCGUUCGACUGCUGCAGUAUCGGGGAUAGCGUCGGCAACCGCCAAAGAUGAGACCAGCAAUGGUGAGUGCAAUGAAGGACUGCGAUCGUCAUACGUUCCAUUAAACCUGUCCAAACACUAAGAAAAAAAUCAACAUCAGCCAAAGGCGAAUAACAAAUACCAGCAGCAGCAACAGCAGCAGCAGCAGAAGGUACAUCCGCAAGUGAUCUGCAUUCUUUUGUUGCGUAGAUCGUGCAAAAGAUCUGACGACUUCUUGUUCACUUGCUUAAGAAGCAAGUUGACCAAAACAUCAGUAGAAAACGGGCACAAGGACAACAAGGAAGGUGGGGCAUAUCACGUAAUGUUGGGUCCAAAAUGAAUGUAAUGGAGUCGCUGUGAUUAUUCAUUUUGUGGCAGGUAUUACCUACCGAUAAACUUUUGGUUAGGAAUGAAAGCAGCACGAGAAUCGCGAGCUACUAGUUUUAAGAAAACGGCAUAAAUUAUAACAGCAACUUUUCAGACAAACCUUAGGCUUGUCCUUAUUUUGUGCUACGGUACGGAAAGACUUAGCACCAUACAUGGUAGAUAAUGGAGCAAGUGAAGAGAGAUAGAGAGAACAUUUUGUAAACAAAAAAGAAACACUGGAAAGGAAUCAACUGCAUAGAGACAUACUAUUUUUGCUAAGUAACAUUUAAAGGCCCGUGCUUGGUCGCUGGUGGGUGGGUGUGUGUGUAUGUUGGCAUACUCAAUCACACGAAACAAAUAUCAUUGGGUUUGCAUGCACUGUCUAUUUUACAUGUAUAAUCAUAUUUGUUGUUUUACAACAUUAAGAAAAACAUCAAAACAAAGAGAAGGGCUUCAACUGUAGGAACAAUGUAAACCGUUGGAAAAUGAGAAGUUUUUUUUGUCUCAUUACUUUGGCCAUGAAAAGGUUUUUUCUAUAAACUUGACCAAUUUUUCGCUUUAUUCAAUUUUAAAUAUAUUUAUCUUUGAAUGGCUUGUUUCCUUAGUUGGAUAUUUUGUUUAUUGCUUUCGACAUAGACAUGUCUGAUAUUUAUAGCAAAUGGAGUCUCAUAGCUCCCUGGGUUUUGUGUCCUUGUACUUGUGUUGAAGUAUGCUCUGGGUAAUAAUUUAAAAAUUGGUCGGAAUCGAGUUUUAAUUAUUUGAAUCAGUAAUCUUGGCAAAGAUGACAAAUUAUGUCAUGUUUCAAUGUUCCAGCGUUGUUGCAAGCUAUACUAUAAUUUGCUGAGCGCAUCAUGUUCAAACGGCUAUUGAUGAUAUUGUAAUGGUCUGUCUAUAAUGUGAAACACUUUGCGCUUUUCCGGUGUAUAUGCAUUUGAUGUUAGUGAUACAUGUGUUUGAAGUGAAAAUGUAAACGAUAUUGCACAACAAAAAGUGAAUGAGUACCACAAGCUGGUUGAAGUGAAAGUGGUGCGCACUUUUCCAUCAUGCAGUAGUUUUAUCAUGGUGAACUGGAAUCUCACGUAGCAAAUAACAAGAGAAAAAACGAAAUUGAGUGUAAUGAAAAGGAUUUUUAUUUUAGAUUUGGACAGUAUGUGAGAAAACAUCCACAACAAACAAAAACUCUGCUAUGUGGGUAGAUGGGAUUGUUGUUAGAAAUAUGAAACAAAAACAAAAAUUAGAAAUGUAUUUUGUUCCAUGCUCCUUGUCUUUUGCUACAGACUGAAACAAAUAAAUUGUAGAAUAUUUAGCGUGUGCACUAUUUACACCAUACAAUUGGAAGAGACAAAACAGCGCAUAUAGAGAUAUUCAUGAUACUAAAACAAAUAAACACACUCCCAAAUACACAUACAGAAGAAACCAGAUAUCGAACAAAGAUAGAGGAAAUAUUUUUCGCUAUUUUUAUACAACCAAUUUGAUGGAGGCGACAGUUUAUUAUAGAACUAUUUGCGAUUCAGAAACGAGUACAUUGAAUACUAUAUAUACAAAACUUUACAAACACAUAUAUAUACAAUCACGUGUCCAAAGUUUAAUAGAGAGAGAGAGAGAGAGACAUUGAUAUGCUUAUUGUAUUGUCCUUAAGCGAAAGGAGAAAUGUAAACCCGGAGAUGAAGAAAUUUUUUACAGCAUUAGAAUCGUCAAAAGUUUGAUAAAAAAAAUUAACCUCUUGCAAACGUGAACAAAGAACAAAAUCUAGUAACAAAAACAUAUUGCGUGCCUUGGAAGAAAAUGAAAACAAAACAAACAAAGAAACAAACAAACCAACUACAUAAACUAAACUCAGAACACUAAGCUACUGGAUAUACAGACAUACCGAGCAUUGAAACAAUCGAUACAAAACAAGUUAUAUUCAGAACAGAACUUUGGAGAAAAUGA